UUGUAUAAUUCCUUAACUAUUUUAUAUAUGUUCUUAUAAUUCUGUUUUAAUGUAGUGUUUCGAUCUGUAUGUAAAUGGUAUAGGUAUCUGAAAACAGAAUGUCGCGGUUUAAAAGAAUACCAACACUUCAAGGUUCUAAUCUAUUUAGCUGCAUAAUACAUAACUGUUUUAUACAUUAUUCACCAGUCAGCCAUGACGCAAGCAAAAGUGGUACAGAGAGAGAAUAUAUUUCUAUCUACAUCAGUUACUUGUCGUCUCCGAACAUGAAACCACUUUAAAUACAAGAAUCGAGUAUCACAAACCACAUCGUUAGUUCUCCGCAUUAUUUAAUAAAAAAAUACGUAAAUUUAAUAAUAAAAAAGUUAAAAGCAGAAUGAAUCGAAUACGUAGCUGGAUGUUAAGGAAUUUUCAGUUUAAUUUUAGAGAAACUCAAAUUAAUCGUACAGUAAAUUCCAUACCACGUUCAAAAUCUUUGCCAAUCAUAGGAAAUAGCUUAGAUUUACUGAAAGGAGGAAGAGGAUCAAGACUACAUGAAUAUAUCGAUGAACGGCAUAGAAAAUUAGGAAAAAUAUUCAUAGAAAAAUUUGGACCUACAGAUUUAAUAUUCUUGAGCGAUGCUGCACUUAUAAAAACUGUAUUUAUAAAUCUCGAAGGAAAAUAUCCUAUGCAUAUACUACCUGAACCAUGGAUUUUGUAUGAGAAACUUUAUGGGAAGAAAAGAGGGUUGCUCUUUAUGGACGGAGAAGAGUGGCUGGGAAAUCGACGUAUUAUGAAUAAAUAUCUGCUAAAGUAUAACACAGAUACUUGGAUUAAAAAUCCCGUUACACACACAAUUAAUAAAUUUAUAGAAGGUUGGAAGGAAAAGGCGAAAAAUAAAAUAAUCGUCGAUGAUGUCGCAGCCGAGUUUUAUACAGUCUCAACAAAUGUGGUAAUACAAGUUUUACUUGGCAACGUAACACCGCCGCCUAGCAACCACCAUGAUGAAUUAUUAAGGUUAUUUUCGUCAUCCGUAAAGAAAAUUUUUGAGACAACAACAAAGCUGUACGGUAUUCCAUUAAGCGUUUGUCAACGUUUUAACUUAAAGAUAUGGACGGACUUCAAAGAAUGCGUCGACUUAUCUUUAUUCUUGGCUAACAAGCUCGUUAUUGAAAUGCUAGCAAUAAAAAAUGAGGGCGACGGUUUAAUAAAAAAACUUGUUGAUGAAAAUAUCGAUGACGUUAACAUUUCAAGAAUUGUAACCGACUUUAUCAUUGCUGCUGGCGAUACAACGGCGUAUACAUCGCUAUGGAUUUUUUAUUUAUUAUCAAAAAAUUCUCAAGAAAUUGAUAAUAUACGACGCAAAGGGCGAGAUUAUAUUCCAUUAGUAAUAAAGGAAUCUAUGAGACUGUAUCCUGUUGCACCAUUUUUAACACGUAUAAUGCCCAAAAAUUGCUAUUUAGGGCCAUAUGAAAUUGAAGCAGGGACCCCAAUAAUAGCCUCAAUAUACACAUCAGGGCGUGAUGAACAAUAUUUCACUGACCCAGAACAAUUUCUACCUUCCCGCUGGGAUAGAAAUUCUGACAGCAAAGAGAGGUUUAAAAAUCAUGAACCAUCAGCAUCUUUACCAUUUGCACUAGGUGCUAGGUCUUGUGUAGGCAGAAAAAUUGCUAUGCUUCAACUGACGGAACUUAUUUGGCAGGUUGUGGAAAACUUUGAUUUUAAAUGUCUUCAUAGUGAUGACAUCAAAGCAAUCACAUCACAAGUGUUGAUCCAAAACAAACCUUAUGCACUGGAAUUGAAAUUAUGUAUGACAUAAAUAUUUGCAUUUUUAAAGGAUAAUUUUACAUACUUAUACAUAAUUACAUUUGAUACAAAAAUACGUGCAUACAAAGUUAUUAUCUCUGUUUAAACCUAGUAGUAGUACGAAAAUGACAACUCGAAAAAUGCCCUUGAUGAGAAUAUGCGAAUCCCUAGGCGAAAAGUAACUGCAACAUUGUUUACAUAAUAAUAUGCGUAUUCAUUAUUCGCACGUGUGUAAAGGCAUCAUCAAAAUUCUCUUCUAAAGAAACAUGUUAAAGCAAAAUAAAGCUUACGGCGUAACUUCAAGGUAUAUUCAUAAAACGUAACGAGAGCAAUAAAUUAUAUGUGAUUUAUGAAUGAGA